AUGCCAAGGCCAAAUUCCACAGUUGUAAAGGAGUUCACCUUUGAAGGAUUCUCCAGCUUCAGGUGGCAGAACCGACUUAUUCUCUUUGUGGUCUUCCUAGGCUUGUACUUGAUGACAUUGACUGGCAAUGGCAUCAUUGUGACCAUCAUUCGCCUUGACCGUCAUCUCCACAUACCUAUGUAUUUCUUCUUGAGUGCAUUGUCCAUCUCUGAGACAUGCUAUACAUUAGCCAUCAUUCCUCGUAUGCUGGCUGACCUUCUAAGCCCACAGCAGCCCAUUGCCAUCCCAGAAUGUGCCACGCAGCUCUUCUUCUAUCUUACCUUUGGCAUCAACAACUGUUUCUUGCUCACAGCCAUGGGUUAUGAUCGCUAUGUGGCUAUCUGCAACCCUCUAAGGUACUCAGUUAUCAUGAGGAAGAGUGUUUGUGGUCAACUGGCAUGUGGGUCAUGGGGAAUUGGCCUUGGAAUGGCCAUUAUCCAAGUGACAUCUGUGUUUGGCCUCCCAUUCUGUGAUGCUACUGUCAUCUCCCACUUUUUCUGUGAUGUCCGGCCCCUCCUAAAACUUGCCUGUGUUGAUACCACUAUCAAUGAGAUCAUUAAUUUUGUUGUCAGUGUUUGUGUCCUUGUCUUGCCCAUGGGCUUGGUAUUCAUCUCUUAUGUCCUCAUCAUCUCCACUAUCCUUAAGAUUGCCUCUGCUGAGGGCAGGAAGAAGGCCUUUGCCACAUGUGCCUCCCACCUUACUGUAGUCAUCAUCCACUAUGGCUGUGCUUCCAUCAUCUACCUCAAACCCAAGUCACAGAGCUCUCUUGAGCAAGACAGACUAAUUUCAGUAACUUAUACUCAUCACACCCUUGCUGAACCCUGUUGUAUAUAGUCUAAGGAACAAGGAAGUCAAGGAUGCUCUGCGCCGAGCUCUAGGCAAGAAAGCCUUGUCCUCUUAGUUACUAGAAACAGAAAAGUCCAUUUAGUGAUUAUUCCAUUCUCCCAACAUUCAAUUAUCAAUAAUUUUCUUACUUUCUACCCCAGAGGUUUCAAAGUAGAUAGUUGUAACCAGUGGAGAUGGGGAUACUCAGUUAAUGUCUUCUUCCAGGAUGGAACAUCAUGUCCCCUAGAUAGGUGA